GGUGGAGCCCGCGGCAGGGGCCGGGCCCCUCUAGGCUCUCCGGCGGAGUCGGGUUGGGGCCCGGGUAGGGGGCGGCGGCCCUGCGCGGCGCCCUGGGUCUCUGGAGCAUCGGGAUUUAUAGCGCGCCCUCUGGGGAGGCAGCUGUAGCGGAGAGGCGUGCGGGAUCGGGAUGUCGGGGCUGCUCACGGACCCGGGGCAGAGAGCGCAGGAGCCGCGGCACGCCGGCUUCGUGCUGGGGCUGGAUGUGGGCAGUUCUGUGAUCCGCUGCCACGUCUAUGACCGGGCGGCGCGGGUCUGCGGCUCCAGCGUGCAGAAGGUAGAAAAUCUUUAUCCUCAAAUUGGCUGGGUAGAAAUUGAUCCUGAUGUUCUUUGGAUUCAAUUUGUUGCCGUAAUAAAAGAAGCAGUCAAAGCUGCAGGAAUACAGAUGAAUCAAAUUGUUGGUCUUGGCAUUUCAACACAGAGAGCAACUUUUAUUACAUGGAACAAGAAAACAGGAAAUCAUUUUCACAACUUUAUAAGUUGGCAAGACUUAAGAGCUGUUGAACUUGUAAAAUCUUGGAAUAAUUCUCUUCUUAUGAAGAUAUUUCACAAUUCUUGCCGAGUGCUUCACUUUUUCACUAGAAGUAAACGACUUUUUACAGCCAGUUUGUUCACUUUCACAACCCAGCAGACUUCUUUGAGAUUGGUCUGGAUUUUACAGAACCUGACUGAGGUGCAAAAGGCAGUUGAAGAAGAAAAUUGCUGCUUUGGGACUAUUGAUACCUGGUUGUUAUAUAAGCUCACAAAAGGUUCUGUAUAUGCCACAGAUUUUUCAAAUGCUAGUACAACUGGACUUUUUGACCCAUAUAAGAUGUGUUGGAGUGGGGUGAUUACCUCUCUAAUUUCGAUACCACUUUCUCUCCUACCUCCCGUGAGGGACACAAGCCACAAUUUUGGAUCAGUGGAUGAAGAGAUAUUUGGUGUGCCUAUACCAAUAGUUGCCUUGGUUGCUGACCAGCAAUCAGCCAUGUUUGGAGAGUGCUGCUUCCAGACCGGUGAUGUGAAAUUAACCAUGGGGACUGGGACAUUUUUGGAUAUUAACACUGGAAAUAGCCUUCAACAGACUAUUGGAGGCUUUUAUCCAUUAAUUGGGUGGAAGAUUGGGCAAGAAGUCGUAUGCUUAGCUGAAAGCAAUGCAGGAGACACUGGUACUGCCAUAAAAUGGGCUCAACAGUUGGACCUUUUCACAGAUGCUUCUGAGACUGAAAAAAUGGCCAAAAGUUUGGAGGAUUCUGAAGGAGUUUGUUUUGUUCCAUCUUUUAGUGGAUUACAGGCUCCAUUAAAUGACCCCUGGGCAUGUGCCUCUUUUAUGGGUUUGAAGCCUUCCACCAGUAAAUACCAUCUUGUACGAGCAAUAUUGGAGUCAAUAGCUUUCAGAAACAAACAGUUAUAUGAGAUGAUGAAGAAAGAGAUUCAUAUUCCUGUAAGAAAAAUCCGGGCAGAUGGAGGAGUUUGUAAGAAUGGUUUUGUCAUGCAGAUGACUUCAGACCUGAUUAAUGAGAAUAUAGACAGACCUGCCGACAUUGACAUGUCAUGCCUGGGUGCAGCUUCUCUAGCUGGCCUUGCUGUUGGGUUUUGGACUGACAAGGAGGAACUAAAGAAACUGAGACAAAGUGAAGUGGUUUUCAAGCCACAGAAGAAAUGUCAAGAAUAUGAGAUGAGUCUGGAAAACUGGGCCAAAGCAGUGAAACGCUCUAUGAAUUGGUAUAACAAGACAUAACACUAAAUGAAAUGAUCAAAACCAUAGGUAGCUGGUUUAUGUGACGUGCAGAUGAGAUGAAGCUCAGGGAUAACCAAUAUGACAAUGACUAAGAGGAGAAAAUUUUAAAUAAGCUUCAUAACUUAAGAAGCAUUGCUUUUAAAAACAAAACAAAACAAAACAAAAAACUCUUUAUUUUUUUCCCCUAAACCAUGGUAAGGCAGCAGUACCUCAAAACUUUAUAUCUUCUAUUUUGUAGCAAAUUCCAAAGGACAUUGGUCAUUUCCAACCUUUUUUUGACAGUUAUGGGUCCUCUUCGUUUUUAUACUGGGUCAGUGGUACAUAGGAACAUGAUGAUUUACCAUCCAAGCUAAUUGUUCUGGGUCAAGCACCAUAUGCACAUAUUGUUCCAAAAUUAUGUGAAACGUAUUUCUUUAAUUCUUUAAGUGGGCUAUUUGAAGUACAUAUAGCUAAAAAGAAAGAAUAACUGAGAAAAUGUGGAAUUUUGAAACAUUAAUAUUUUAUGUUUAAAGCCAUAAUUUCCUAAUAUUAUAUCCAAAUAUGAGCUUAAUAUGUCCCUCUCAGAUAAGCUUAUGAGUUAGUUAAUGAUUUUCUUUACUGGUCUUAAAGACACUGCCUUAAUUUUUCCUUGUUCAACCAAAAUCUGAGCAUUCUUUCUAUGUCGAAAACACUGAAAAACUAAUUUUAUUAAUGAACUAAAAAGAAUAUUGAUUUUUAAGAAACAGAAAAUUACUACUUAUUUUCCUUCUCAAAUAACGUUUCUUUCAAAAACUUCUGGCUGAAGUAUAACAUGCUGGUAGUUACCAUAAAUCUUGCCUUUCUCUUGUUCUUUAUCUUUCUUCGUUGUUUAGAUGCUUGUAUAAAUGUCUUUUGUUUUUAUUAAGUGCCUAAUUGACAGAGCUUAAUUUGAAGAAAGUGCCCUAAUUUAUUGACCACUUAAGAAUUGCCUUUAUUGGGGUAUUUUAUUUGUUCCUGCGUCUUUUUGAUGUUUGUUCAGUCUACUCAUCCUCUGAGUAUGUGCGGCGGAUAGCUUAUAGAGGGGAAGAGCGUGUGUCUAUGCUCAGGAUUGCCCUUCAGCCACUCAGCCAGAGAUCCACAGGGAGCAGCAAGGACAGUCUUACAUUCUCAGACUUUCUUGCAAGAAACAGUGAGGAGGAGUAAGUUGUGAGUAGUGUCAAGCUGGAUGUAGAAUUGUCCUAAGGCAGUUGACCCCACCUUCCAACAUGUUUUCACUUUAUUUGCCACUCCCUACAUUUGGGGUAGGUUCCAUUUGGAUUUGCAGCAAUAAUGACUUUAUUUCUCUCUUGGUCAGGAUUUAGCACAUAAAAUCCUUUUAUUAUAGAACUAGCUAUUUUAGUUACAUAGUAAUGUAACUAAUGGAGAGACUUAUAGAGAAUUUUGUUUUUGCUGUCAUAUAUGUCCAUUUUGGAGACAGAUAUGAUAGAACUAGAAAUUAAGUUGCAUUUCUGCAAGUGCCAUUUGAAUGAACUUCAAGUAUCUUCUUAAUUAUUAAAUUUUCUGAUGAAGGCAUUGUAACAAAUUAUAGUAUCAUUAAAUCUACUAAUUAAGAUUUGGAAAUAUUUUUGUUAUUAAUAAAUAGAGGUAUUUCAUUUACUGUAAAAAGUCAAACUUCAUUAUGUAGAUAAAUCUUAUUCUUUUCAUUCUUUCCCCUGUUUACAUCCUUUUUACAAAGCUUAGUCACCAAUUAAAGCUUUCCUAUCAAAAUCACAUGGAAGCUGCUCUGUUGUUCUACUGUUACACAUUCUGUUUCUCAGUGAGUGUAAUUUUUUUUUCUUUUUCUUUUUUUGUAGAGACAGGGUCUUGCUAUGUUGCCCAGGGUAGUCUUUAAUUCCUGGCCUCAAGUGAUCCUCCCACCUUGGCCUCCCAAACUGCUGAGAUUGCAGCUGUGAACCACUGCACCCAGCCAAUGGGUAUAAUUUCAUAGGAAAUAAUUCUUUUUGUCAGAAUAUACUGAAUUGUAAUAUUAAUACCUGAAAAUUUGUUAGUUCACUUCUUUUCCACGUUCUUCUUUCCCAACAUAUAACCACAAAAUAAAGGAUAAAUACUUUGGGCUGGGUGCAGUGGCUCAUGCCUGUAAUCCCAGCACUUUAGCAGGCCGAGGUGGGCAGAUCAUUUGAGGUCAGGAGUCCAACCUGGUCAAACACGGCGAAACCCCGUCUCCACUAAAAAUACAAAAAUUAGCUGGGCGUGGUGGUGCAAGCCUGUAAUCCCAGCUACUCGGGAGGCUGAGGCAGGAGAAUUGCUUGAAUCUGGGAGGUGGAGGUUGCAGUGAGCCAAGAUCAUGCCACUGCACUGUAGCCUGGGCAACAGAGCAACACUGCAUCUCAAAAAAAAAAAAAAAAAAAAGAUCAGUACUUUUCAGAUAAUGUUGGACAGUAACUUUGAAUGUCAUCGGAAUUGAGCAUCUCUUCAAGUGUCAGUGGCUAUUUUUUUCUUCUGUGAAUCUAAAAACUAAUAUUUUAUUUUUAAUAUUUGUGGGCAUUUUUAGUGAUAAGAGUUUAAUAAAUAUUUUCAGACUUAACCAAAAUCAGAAACAUGACAUUUGCUUUUGUGGUUGCAGAAACAGUUGAUAAGAUCAAUUGAGCAACAAAAUUGUCCUUUCUUUUUUUUUUUUUUUUUUUUUUUUGAGACGUUGUCAUGCUCUGUUGCCCAGGCUGGAGUGCAGUGGCACGAUCUCAGUUCACUGCAACCUCCCCCUCCUGGGCUCAAGCAAUCCUCCUGCCUCAGCCUCCCAAGUAGCUGGGAUUACAGGUAUGCGUCACCACGUCCAGCUGAUUUUUGUAUUUUUAGUAGAGACAGGGUUUUACCAUGUUGGCCAGGCUGGUCUCAAACUCCUGACCUUGUGACCCACCCACCUCGGCCUCCCAAAGUGCUAGGAUUACAGGCGCGAGCCACCGCACCUGGCUUGUCCUUUCUAUCUUCCAAGUUUAUUUUUCAUUUGUAUGCUAAUAUUUGAAGUUUAGAAAAAUUUGUGCUACUUCUCAGCAUGUUUUAUUUUCCCAUUAUAGAUCUAUCAGAUAUUUUUAGAAGGUCUGCAACUGUCUGAUAAAGGAAGAGAAUGUUCCUGUUCAAUCUAUCUUAAAGUGCUACUAAUUGCUUUUAUACUAUAGACGUACUGAUUUUUUCAUCUUUUUUAUCCAACCAUGGCAUGGUUUCCUAGUCUCAGCAUUGACAUUUUGGACUGGAUAAAUCUUUAUUUUGGGAUGCUAUGCUGUACUUUAUAGGAUGUUUAGCAGUAUCCCUGACCUCUGCCCUCUAGCUACAAGUACCGUCCUCCUAGUUGUUAUGGCCAAAAAUGUCUUCGAACAUUGCCAUUCUGAGAGGCAAAAUUGUCCCCAGUUGAGAGUCACUGAUACAGGCUGUUAGAAGAAAAUCGAAGACUCAGUGAAUAUAGUGUCAUACUCCUUCUCUUUUUGCCUCAUUUUACCUUAGGAAAUGGUUGUUAGCAAAAAAAUUAGUUAAUCGUAUCUUGAAAUAAAUAGGGUUUCUAUUUUGCUGAUUAAUGAAGAAAAAAUAAAUCUCAGCUGGGCACAGUGGCUCACACCUGUAAUCCUAGCACUUUGGGAGGCCAAGGCAGGCGGAUCACUUCAGCUCAGGAGUUUGAGACCAGCCUGGGCAACCUGGCGAACCCCAGUCUCUACAAAAAAUACACAAAUUAACUGGGUGUGGUGACACACACAUAUAGUCCCAGCUAACUAGGGGGCUGAAGUGGGAAGAUCACUUGAGCUCCAGGAGGUGGAGGCUGCAGUGAGCCAAGAUUGUGUCACUGUAUUGUAGCCUGGGUGGCAAAGUGAGACCCUGUCUCAAUCAAUCAAUCAAUCAAUAUCUCAUGCUGUAAUUGUCUUCUGAUGUUUUCAUCAGCCCCACCUCUGCAGCCUUAAUUACUGGAGUAGGUCCAUGAUUUCAGUGUAGGGUUAAUGUAUUCUGCAGAUCAUCUUUGAUUUGACCUGCUUUUUUGCUUCCUUUUUAUCUCUGAACAAAGGAGAUCAUCAUUCUCUUUAAUCUGCCUUCUGUGUAAAUCUCUACCAGACGGGAAGCUCCCUGAAAGCAGAAACUGUCUGCUUCCCCAGAACUUAGCACUGUGCUUUCAUGUAUGUGGGAUAAAUUUUUACUUUGUUUGUUAGUGCAACUUUGUUUGUACACGUUAUCCUUGAUAUUACAUACAUUUGUUGAUGGGGGCAAUUUAUAUUUGUUGUGAGUAAAAUACUUUUUUGUUUGAUUAAGAAGAACUAUACCCUUCCCAGCACUUUGGGAGGCCAAGGAGGGCGGAUUACCUGAGGUUGGUAGUUUGAGACCAGCCUGACCAACGUAGAGAAACCCCAUCUCUACUAAAACUACAAAAAAAUUAGCUGUGUGUGGUGGCACAUGCCUGUAAUCCCAGCUAGUCAGGAGGCUGAGGCAGGAGAACCACUUGAACCCCUGAGGCAGAGGUUGUGGUGAGCCGAGAUCGUGCCAUUGCACUCCAGUCUGGGCAACAAGAGUUAAACUCCAUCUCAAAAAAAAAGAAGAAGAAGAACUACUAUGUAGUGAGAGCUAGCAUCCUCAUAUUGUUUAUUUAAAAUUUUUGGCCAAGUACAGUGGCUCAUGCCUGUAAUCCCAGCACUUUGGGAGGCUGAGGCCAGAGGAUCACUUGAAGCCAGGAGUUCAAUUACAGCCUGGGCAGCAAAGCGAGACCUUCUCUCUACAAAAAAUUUUUUUAAAAUUAGCCAGGUGUGGUGGUAUGCCCCUGUAGUCCCAGCUACUCAGGGAACUGAAGCAGGAGAAUGGCUUGAACCCAGGAGUUCGAGGCUGCUAUGAGCUAUGAUUGUGCCACUGCACUCCAGCCUGGGCAACAGGGCAAGGCCCUGUCUUAAUAAAAUAAAAUAAAAUUCUUAAUAUGUUUAUAUUUGAAAAACUAUUUGUGUAGAGACACAUGUCUGUAAAUACACAUAGAUAUAUUAACUUUUUAAGCUUUAAUUGAAGCCUUUCUCUUCACAGGUUUUAUAUAUUUGACUGCAGAUGACUAACAGAUUGAAUUUUAAGAGUGCCAAACACUCUGGUGCUAUAGGGAAGGAACUUCUUAAAUAGCCCCUCCUGUAAGGGACCAGUCUUUAAUUUAAAAUAGUCCAGCCCAGGAAUCUGGCAAGAAUUUUGUAAUUAUUUGAGGAGAGAUGUAGAUAUACCCUGGAGUUCUUUGACUUUAAGUUAUUCUAGAGUCAUCCCAGAGAUGGCCUAGAAGACUGGAAUCUACCCCAAAGGAUUCUGAAUCCCUUUGGGAAAUUUAGACUAUGAUUUUCAGUAAGAAUUAAAAGCCCCAAGAUAAGCAUGGUGGCUCACACCUGUAAUCCCAGCAAUUUGUGAGGCCAAGGCGGGAGGAUCGCUUGAGCUCAGGAGCUUGAGACCAGCCUGGGCGACAUAGUGAGACCCCACCCAUCUCAAUUUUAAACAAGAGAGAAAAAGGCCAGGUGCAGUGGCUCACGCCUGUAAUCCCAGCACUUUGGGAGGCCAAGGCGGGUGGAUCACUUGAGGUCAGGAGUUCAAGACCAGCCUGAUCAAUAUGGUGGAACCCCGUCUCUACUAAAAACACAAAAAUUAGCCAGUCCUGAUGGCGUGUGCCUAUAGUCCCAGCGACUUAGGAGGCUGAGACAGGAGAAUUGCUUGAACCCGGGACUUGGAGGUUGCAGUGAGCCGAGAUUGGGCCACUGCAUUCCAGCCUGGGUGACAGAGCGAGACUCUGUCUCAAAAAAAAAAAAAAAAAAAAAAAGCGAGAGAGAGAAAAAAAGCCCCAAACAUACCUUAGGCCUUUACAACCUACUUGGUCCCAGAAUCGUCUUAUUGUAAACCCAAAGCCAGGUCUUCUGGUUCGAACCAGUCAAAAUGGGUAAUCUAAAAAAGUUAACUAGAUGAUUCAAAAUCAUGUUGGUUGUUUUUUUCUUUUCAAAUCCCCUUUCCAAGUAAAAGGAAUCUUUUUUUUUUUUUUUAAGUUUUGAAGCCUCAUAGCCAUACAUAUUAUGGCACCAGCAUCUAUUGGCACCUAAGUCAUUGGCUGUAUCAUAUUCCAAUGGGACCCUUGUUCCUAGAGGAAUGCAGGAAUGAUCUUGGAGUGGGAAGGACAGAGACAGGUGCUUGCAAAAUCAGAUAUUUCUGAAAUUCUCUGCUAUUCUAUUUCUACUGUCUUUCCCCACUUUACUAUAAAUUUGGUGUGUUAUAAAAUGACUGUGUUUAGAUAGAUACCUGUGAUAUUUAGGAAACAAAUGAUAUAGAGACUCCCAUUUAAAUGAAUCUUAUCUUUAUAAGAAACGGCCAAACUGUUUUCCAGACUGGCUAUACCAUCUUACAUUCCCACCAGGAAUGUAUGAGUGAUCCAGUUUCUCUGCAUGCUUGCCAGCAUUUGGUGUUGUCACUAUUUCUUAUUUCAACCAUUCUGUUUAUCCUUUUCAGUGAAAUUUCUGUCCAUAUCUUUUGCCCAUUUGCCAAUUGAGGCAGGAGGAUCACUUGAGCCCAGGAGUUGGAGGCUGCAGUGAGAUAUGAUCUCUAAAUGUUUGCUUAAUGAGCCAUAUCUUUAAAUAUCUUUUUAAAAGUUUUUAAAAAUCAGUCCAGUGGUUUAUGUGAUUAUGUGGGAUUUUUUUAAAUCUUUCCGGGCAAAAUGUGUAUAGCAUUUUGAACAUAUUUACACUGUACUGAGCCCAAGAGUUCUCAUAUUCUUUCUUUGCCCAUUAUAGAGUAUGGUACUAAUACUGUAUAAUAGUAAAUUUUCAAAGAUAUCUUUAUUUAGAAUGUUAGAGUAUACAGAUAUAUACUUUGUACAUAGUUAUCAUAAUGUUUCUAACCUUUUUAUUUAAAGUAGGCUGAUUUGUGUAAAGGUUUCAGAAUGAUUUUGUUAAUAAGUUAUUAGAAACUUUCCUAUUUGUGCAAGAUGGUAAAUGUAGAUUCCAAUUUGUAUGCCUCAGUGAAUUCAUAAUCUUAUUUCUCUGAUGUGAGCCACCAUGCCUGGCCUUCUCUGAUGUUCUUAAUGAAUUUUGCAGUUUUAUUAAAUUGUCAUUGAGAACCUCCUAAAUCAUUGUUAAGAUCUAUACAAAAAAUCAAGGAUCCACAGUAAUAGAAUAUUUUUCAUCUGCAUAUGAAUUUUUCCCUUCCCUUUUUGUCUACUUUUAGAUUUAAAAAAAAAUUACCUGGACAUUCUUAUUAAAUACUGUUACCUGUUUUGGUUUCUGCACAUUAAGAAAGUCACAGAGAAGCCAGACACAGUGGCAUGGUCUUCUAUUCCCAGCUACUCAGGAGGCUGAGGCUGGAGAAUCACUUGAUCCCAGGAGUUCGAGGAUAGCCUGGGCAACAUGGCGAAACUUUGCAAAAACAAAAACAAGGCUGGGCGUGGUGGCUCACACCUGUAGUCCCAGCACUUUGGGAGGCCAAGGCGGGCGGAUCACGAGGUCAGGAGAUCGAGACCAUCCUAGCUAACAUGGUGAAACCCUGUCUCUACUAAAAAUACAAAAAAUUAGCCAGGCAUGGUGGCAGGCACCUGUAAUCCCAGCUACUGGGGAGGCUGAGGCAGGAGAAUGGCAUGAACCCGGGAGGUGGAGCUUGCAAUGAGCUGAGAUUGCGCCACUGCACUCCAGCCUGGGUGACAGAGUGAGACUCCAUCUCAAAAAAAAAAACAAAAAACAAAAACAACAACAACAACAACAAAAAACAACCAGAGAAAUAGUACUUGUUAACUACAGUUGUGACUGUAGGUAAACUUGGGCCUUAAUAUGGUUAGACAAGAAGGGUUUUAUGUAGCCUUGCCUUUUUAGAUCCUAUUUAGACUUACUAGUCUAUAUUCUACAUUCUUGCACGAUGGAAAUUACUAGAGAAGUGGGAUAAUUCUUUGUUGUGGGGAAAAUAAAAUUUGUUGUGAAAAUAUACUGUAUUUUAAAAUAUUCAGAAAGAUUAUAAAUAACUGGAGAAAAGAUAAUUUCAAAUACUAAUGUGAUGCAAUUAGCCUAGCAGAUGUUAAAAAUCCUUUAUGAAAAUUAUAAUCUAAAAUUAUUUGGGAAAUUACAAUGAAACUGAAUAAUCUGUACAUGUUGGUAUAUUAAAGCCAUUUUUAUUUUGUG